UCCGUUCGCAGGGCGUCGUGGUGUCUGCGUCACUGACUACGGCUUUCCAGCUGUGGGUGAUGACGGGCAAACUGUUCAACGGCGUCCGACCACCUGCCAUGGAGGUGACGCUCGACCAUUGUCCCGGGAACGCUACCGUGCUGGCCGCCACCGUUGCAUCGAAGAUGGCAGCCGCUGCAGCCGCCAGCAAGCGUGACAUCUUCCCGCUCUACCGGCUGUCUAGCUAUUGGAGCGGCCUCAUGGCUUCCCUGAUGACUGUCGCCAUUGGACUCGCCGUCAGCAUCGCCACAGGAGGCAACAGGAACACUGCGAAGCACAUUCCCCUCACGAGCGAGGUCUUCCUGCAGCUCUGGGGCAGGGCGAAAAUGCUCAAGGUACCCGAAGAGGAAAAAGCGCAAAAAGAGCCCCUCAAAGUCCUCAACAUCUCAGAGUUGGAGGCCCCUUCUUUCGCGUAGAACAGACUUUUAGACCUUUUUACAGCUGCCAAACUGGUUGUGGAAGCUCGCUAAAGUUAAAGCACAUCGAGAAAAAUAAUUGACACAGAACAUCGUACGCACGAAACACAGUGAUGUAAUCUAAGAAGAAACAAACUACGCCGAAUAUAUAGUGUGCUAACUUUCGCCAUGUAACUUCUCUACGUUGGCAAACACCUGUCUUAUGUUCCUUAUGUACUUACAUUGCUUAGAAAAAAAGAUAAUGUAUCGAAUCAUAUCAUUUAUGAAGCGUUGUAAUCGGCACUUACCUUUAU